GUUCCCCCAUUGUCUAAACAUAGAGCAGGUGGGCAGAGGAGCCAAGUGUGUCGCUAUAUAAGUGACCAGGGUCAUUUUUUUGUGUCCUCUCAAGCGUAAGUGAACAACUGAGAAGCUCCUGACAUAAUGGCACCCAAAAAGGCAAAGAAGAAGGCAGCAGAGGCCAGCUCCAAUGUGUUCUCCAUGUUUGAGCAAGCCCAGAUCCAGGAGUUCAAGGAGGCUUUCACCAUCAUGGACCAGAACAGAGACGGUUUCAUUGACAAGAAUGACCUGAGGGACACAUUCUGUGCACUGGGCCGUCUUAACGUGGGUAAUGAUGAGCUGGACGAGAUGCUAAAGAUGGCCCCUGGACCCAUCAACUUCACCAUCUUCCUCUCCAUGUUUGGCGAGAAGUUGAAAGGUACUGACCCCGAGGAGACCAUUAUUAAUGCCUUCAAGAUCUUCGACCCCGAGGGACAGGGAGUCCUCAAGGGAGAGGAUAUCAAAUAUUACAUCAUGUCUCAGGCGGACAAGUUCACCGAAGCUGAGGUUGAAGACAUGUUCACAAACUUCCCCCUGGACGUCGCCGGGAAUCUGGACUACAAGAACCUGUGCUACGUUAUCACCCACGGAGAGGACAAGGAGGCGGAGUAAACGAGCUCUCAAUCACCCAACCACUCACCUUGGACCGCCACUACACAUCAUCGCCCUGUACACACGACCCGUUUCCUUUUCCACAUCUCAAUUUCCCCGCAAUAAAAAACAAAUAAAAAGGACUUUGGUGUGUGAACGAAGCAUUGUGUCAUUUGAACUCCAAGAUGACUGUGUUGAAAGUGAAGAGUUGACUGGGAUCAGAGGUAAUGCUUAACAAUGUCUUGUAUGUGAGAUGAGAAUAGCCGUACGCAUAUUUCAGACACCCCCAAGUCGCUGGGCUUCACAGAAGUUAAGUGCAAGAAGAAGAGCGCUAAUAGGGAUACACAUAGGAGUUUGGUGACUGAUAAGUCUGUAUUCCGAUUCAGCCUCUCUGUCCCAGUUGUCUAUUGUGUUACAAUACAUCACAGUAUUUACAGAAAAUUACUAGGAAUUUGAGAAUCAGAUAGGAAGAGCAGCGAGCCAGAAUACAUUGCAUUGUGCAUGUAAAAUAUCACAAGUUCUGCCGAAGAUCAACAAAAGACAGGUGUCACACCCUGAUCUUUGUCACCUGUCCUCGUCAUUGUCACCAACCCAUCCAGGUGUUGCUUGUUUUCCCCAGUGUAUUUAUCCCUGUGUUUCCUGUCUGUCAAUGCCAGUUCGUUCGUCUUGUAUGUUUCCAAGUCGACCAGCGUGGCCUGCCUUGACCACAAGCCUGUCUACAACUCUGUACCUCCUGGACUCUGAUCAUGUCUUGACCUUUUGCCUGUCCACGACCAUUCUCUUGCCUACCCCCUUUGGAUGAAUAAACAUUGUAAGACUCCAA